CCAGCCGCCGCGGUGGCUGCCGGGAUGCGCCGCAGCGAAUGGUCGCGCCGGGCGCCGCUCUGAGUGACCUUUCACCCGCGCCCAGCGGUCCCGGGCGGCGGCACAAGGCGGAAGCCAUGGCGGAGGCGGCGGCGGCGGCUGCAGCGGGCGGGACGGGCGCGGGCUGCGGCUGUGCGGCGGCCCACGACCCGGAGCCGGAGCGCGACCGCGCGGGGCGGAGGCUGCGGGUGCUCGCGGGCCAUCUGCUGGGCCGGCCCCAGGAGGCUCUGAGUGCCCCCGAGUGCAAAGCGCGCAGAGCCGCCUCGGCGGCCGCCUCGGAACCCACGGCCCCCGCCGCGGCGGCGCACGAGUCGGGCACCAUCCCCAAGAAGCGGCAAGAAGUUAUGAAAUGGAAUGGAUGGGGAUACAAUGAUUCCAAGUUUUUCUUAAAUAAAAAAGGUCAAGUUGAAUUGACUGGCAAAAGGUACCCUCUUAGUGGCAUGGUUUUACCAUCCUUUAAAGAAUGGAUCCAAAAUACCCUUGGAGUAAGUCUGGAACAUAAAACUACCUCUAAAGCAUCCAUAAAUCCUAGUGAUACACCUCCUUCUAUUGUAAAUGAAGAUUUUCUUCGUGACCUUAAAGAAACCAAUAUUUCAUAUUCACAAGAAGCAGAUGAUCGAGUAUUUAGAGCUCAUGGUCAUUGUCUUCACGAGAUAUUUUUGCUCAGGGAAGGAAUGUUUCAGCGAAUUCCAGAUAUAGUUUUAUGGCCAACAUGUCACGAUGAUGUAGUUAAGAUCGUGAAUUUAGCGUGCAAAUAUAACCUUUGUAUCAUACCAAUUGGUGGAGGAACAAGUGUUUCGUAUGGCCUGAUGUGUCCUGCAGAUGAGAAAAGAACAAUCAUUUCUUUGGACACCUCGCAAAUGAAUCGUAUCUUGUGGGUUGAUGAAAACAAUCUGACAGCUCAUGUGGAGGCUGGCAUAACAGGACAGGAGUUGGAAAGACAGCUUAAAGAAAGUGGGUAUUGUACAGGUCAUGAACCAGAUUCCCUGGAAUUCAGCACUCUUGGAGGAUGGGUAUCUACUCGGGCAUCAGGCAUGAAGAAAAAUAUCUAUGGCAAUAUUGAAGACCUGGUGGUUCAUAUAAAAAUGGUAACACCUAGAGGCAUAAUAGAAAAAAGCUGUCAAGGACCUCGUAUGUCAACCGGCCCUGAUAUCCACCACUUCAUCAUGGGAUCUGAAGGAACUCUUGGUGUGAUAACAGAAGCUACAAUAAAAAUCAGACCAGUCCCUGAAUACCAAAAGUAUGGCUCAGUAGCUUUCCCUAAUUUUGAACAAGGAGUAGCCUGUUUAAGAGAAAUUGCAAAACAGAGAUGUGCUCCUGCAUCUAUUCGCCUCAUGGACAACCAGCAGUUUCAUUUUGGUCAUGCUCUUAAGCCUCAGGUUUCCUCUAUUUUUACAUCAUUUUUGGAUGGAUUAAAAAAAUUUUAUAUUACAAAGUUUAAAGGUUUUGAUCCAAAUCAACUAAGUGUUGCUACAUUACUGUUUGAGGGGGACCGUGAGAAGGUUCUUCAGCAUGAAAAACAAGUGUAUGACAUUGCUGCAAAAUUUGGUGGAUUGGCAGCUGGAGAAGAUAAUGGACAGAGAGGUUAUUUGUUGACCUACGUCAUUGCAUACAUUCGAGAUUUGGGAUUGGAAUACUAUGUUUUAGGAGAAUCUUUUGAGACUUCUGCUCCUUGGGACAGGGUUGUAAAUCUCUGUAGAAAUGUGAAAGAAAGAAUAAUAAGGGAAUGCAAAGAAAAAGGUGUUCAGUUUGCUCCUCUUUCUACAUGCAGGGUGACUCAGACUUACGAUGCUGGUGCAUGUAUCUACUUCUACUUUGCCUUUAACUAUAGGGGAAUAAGUGAUCCAUUGACUGUGUUUGAGCAAACUGAGGCUGCAGCUAGAGAAGAAAUCCUUGCUAAUGGAGGGAGCCUGUCACACCAUCAUGGAGUGGGCAAGUUACGGAAGCAGUGGCUCAAGGAAAGUAUCUCUGAUGUCGGCUUUGGGAUGCUGAAGUCUGUCAAGGAAUAUGUGGACCCCAAUAACAUCUUUGGAAACAGAAACCUUUUAUAAACCCAUUACUGUUGUUAUGAAAAAGUCACCUUUUUUUAUUCGACUACGAUUAUACCAGUAAUCAAAUAUAUCAUGGACUAUAUUUCAGCCACAUUUGUUUAUUGGUUUAAAAUAAGUUUUUUCAUUCUGUUCUCUGUUCUGUUCCUACGUCUCUGUAUUGUCAGAUGGAGUUCCUCAAUCUCUCUCGUCUUAGGUGCAUCAGUUUACAGCCACCUGGUCGUCAUUUCAGGUUUCAGUCAGGCAGCGCAGGGCUGCCAGUGGUUCAGCGGAAGAUGCUGUCAGUUGUUCAGUGUUGAUGCUUCCUCUUUCAGAGGAGGGAAAGACAGAUUUUUGUGUCAUUUAUUGCUUAUCUUGCCUCUUUUUUAAAAGAAUGUUUCUAGAAAGCAGUUAUCUAAUGAAGGAUUCCACUGAGUGAGACACAUAUCUUUUUCAGGGCAUCUUUUCUUGUGUGAGUAUGCCCCGAAGGGAGGAGACUCACGAAAGUGCACCCUGUUAUCGAGGAUGCCCCAGCGCUGUGAGGUGCUUGGCCUACAGUUUUCUUUCAAACUAGCAUACCGUUAUAAAACCUGAAAUCAUCAGUAUACAAAUUAUUCUGUUAGGGAACAUUUUCUGUUGUCCAUGUUUCUGCUCUUGAGGCGGUAUUAUACUGUGUUAGUAUCACUGAGGCAACCUAUUGUUACAUCCUAGUUCAUUCCUAGUGUGUUUUGUAAGAAAAGCUGACAUCACUCAUUGUACAUGAAGAACAGGCUUACCGUGAAAUGAAAGCUUUAUUCAACUUUGAGUCCUGCUGUUUCUGAUUGCACAUUCUUGUCACUGAGAAGAAGCAGAAGAUAGACUUUACACUUCAGGUCUCCAGUUCAAAAUAAUUGUUUGACUAAAGAAACAGUCAUCAUUCAGCUAUUGAAUUUGAAAACCUCAGUAGUCUCAUGGCAAAAAUCUUUUUUAAUUCACCCAACAACACAAUAAAUUUUCAUAUAAAAGUACAGUUUCAAUUUAGUUUUGAGUAAUGGUUUGAUGCCUUUUUUGAAUUACUGGUUUAACACAAAUUUUAAAAAAUGUAUUAAUAAUAUACAUACCAAGAUCAAAAGUUUGAAAAAUCAUAUUUCUUAAAUAAUAGGGAGAACAUUAAUCACAUUUAGCAAACAUUUUUACAUUCAAACCUGGGUAUUAAAAUAAGAAAUGAUUAUUUUGAAUCACUGUCAAGGUUCAUGAUUUACAUUUUGAGAUGGAUUCUUUUCUUAAUGCAAUACUUAACUUUUGAUAAUUUUUUAAAGUAAUAUUUGAUCAGAUAAUGUAAGUCAAAAUGCCAACAGUCCUUCAAAAGGACACAUUGUCUGUGUAGCAACAGCUCCAAAAUAUUUUUGGGCAGUUUGAUAUCUUUUAUAUCUGAAGUAGCCUUAACCAGAAAAGCGAAAAUUUGAAACUGACAAAAUGGUAUUUUCAAGACUUCAAAAUGAUAAAAUAAUUUUUAGCUAAUAAAAUUGGCUUCAGACUAAUAAACUAAAAUCUGUAAACAAAUCAAAAUUAAAUACCAGUUUGACAACAAAAUCUAAGUACUCAUUAGAAACUGCCACUUCUCAUUAGUGAUUUACUUUUAGUUAUAAAAUUUCCAACAAACCUUUGCUUGAAGCCUUUGAUUUCUGAAAUAGUUGGAUACUUGAGGAAAUUACACUUGCCUCUAGAAUUAUAAAAGAGCUCAGCUUUCUAAAAUGCAUCUAUUCAUGAAGGUAAUUUCUCUAAUUGGUGAUCAAAAUGUUUAAUUUGGUACUAAUAUCUCACCGAAGUGUAUUUCUGAGUAAUUUUUAAAAAAUAAAACCAAUUCAUAAGCAGAUUCAUUCCUUUCAUGUGGUUGUUCUGACAUUCUUUCCCAGGGAGUUCAGAUUUCAGCAGUCUCAAAUCUUUAUUUGACAUUAGGAAACUAAAUAUAAUCCCUGAAAUUUUUAUUCACUGUUGCACAUGAACAUAAUGGAAAUUAGUGAUAGUGAUUUCUACAUUUCCCCCACCCCCCACAUAUGCUAGAUCCCCCCAACCUUAAUUUUAUAGUGAUGACUACAUUUUAUAGUUGGAAUCAUUUCUACAGGGAUCAUCUUGAACUGCAUGAACAUUCGCCAGCACGGCUUCACGCUAAUGUAGUUGAUCAGGAAGCCUUCCCUCCCCUGGCACAUACCAGCUUCUUGGAGAGAGGUGCCUCAGCUCAUCCUUAAUUUCACUGAAGAGUAAGUCUUGAGUGUACCCUGAAGUAUGGAAAGCUUGCCUUUUACCCCUAAAGUAGUUGAUGGUGGCUUCAUCAAAGCUAAAGCUCAGAAGACACUGUUUCUAUUAGGGUUCUUAACUCACUUUGAAUAAGUUAAUUUAAAAAUUUAAAAGCUCACUGUCUGGUUUUGAUUUUUAGAACUGCCUAACACUGGUCAUUCUCAAAUUUCAGAUAAAUCGUGUGAUGAUGUCAGAGUUGGGCCAGGCGUUUUAGGGGGAAUGAAAGUUGCUGCCAGUGACAAUGGCACUGGAAACUAAAAAUUUAAUAUGAACAGGCUUUACUGAUCCUUAGGGAAACCGUUGCCUUUAUGUUUAGUGCAAUUUACAGUGCACAAGUGAAUUUUGCCUUAUGCUAAGUAACCUGAGCUUUUUCUUUAGUGAGAAUUGUAAGAGCCACGUGUUUAUUGUAUCUAGAAUUUUAUCUAGAAAAAAAAAAUUAAAUUCUUUGCUCCCUUCAGGAAUGAGAAUUUUUCCCCCCAAAAUGCAUACACGUUAUAGUACUAUUACUAGAAAAUGAUUUAUGGUGCUGGAAGGCUUCCAGUGUACAUAGCUGUACUGAUCUGUUUUGGAAGACAAAAGUGCAUUAAAGGAUGAGCAUCAGUGCAUAUACUAAUAUGAAUGAUUAAAAAGGAAUACUCUUUUUCAGAAUAUUCUCUUAGUAACUGCUAAGUCCUGGCUUACAUUUUUAAAAAUGCCUUUCUGCAUGUUGGCUCUAGAGAUUCUUCUUUGAUGCUUUGCCUUCUAGCUACAGCUUCUUAACCAUAGCUCAUCAGAAAGGUAGUCCCAAGUUAAAUCGACUGGACUGUCUGUUCAAAUGGGAUCGUUUGGCCAAGCCUCUGUUUUAUCUAAAUGUAUGGCACAAAUAUUGGUUAGUGGAUUGAUUUGUGAAAAGGGUGUGCUGGUGCUUGAGGCUGCCAAGAUGGAAUACAGGGGAAAUUCACAUUUUCAGAAACACUUGAGACAAGAGUGGACAGCAUAUAUAGUUUUGUUUACCACCUAAAAUUUAGUAACUUUUAUUUUAACUAGACUUGGCAUAUCAGAGACAAGGAGAAAAUAAUAAGUGUCAGUUUAUUAUUGAAGAAUCCAAUCACUUUUGUCUUUAUGGGUUAUGGAAACUUGACUUUGUAAAAGACUUUAUAUCAUUGUUUCCCCCACACCUACCCCACUCCCCAAAUGAACCACACGUAAACAUAUUCACUUGAUUCAUACUCAUUUUAAUUUCUGGAAAAGAAAACAAGUAGAAACACUGAUGCUGAAAUCCUGAGCUUGUGAAAAAGGUAUUUUAAAUUGUUGAAAUACAGUGUCUUAUAUGAAGGAUGUAAGUUACUCAUCUUUCUGCUCCCAAAGCCAGUGUUUGUCUUCAGUUGUGAAAUUUGACUGUAAAAGGAUAUGUGUAAUGUCAACAGACUCUUGAAAUUUCUAAUAAAAUAGACCUGGGUCUAUGACAGUUUUUUUUCUUUAAUGGGAGUGAAGCUAUUUGACCUGUUUAACACGUGUGGGCUUUUUUCCCCCAACUUCAUUCAUCCUUACAAUUAAUAGUUUUCGUAACGAAACAUAGUCAAGUGCAUCUAAAUGCAAUGAAAUCCUGUCGAGUAUAUUGUUAGCUAGGUUUUAAUACUCUUACUAUUUUUUUUAAUCAAUGUUACAUUCCUAGGAGGAUUUUUUUAUUUCCUGUGAACCUGAAGCAUUCCCAGUUGAAUCUUGGAAGAUCCUCAAAGAAUUUGCACCCUUGUGCUUUUUUAAGCACAAUUCCUUAACAGACUGAUACGGGCCACCGAUUUUUAAAACACUCAAGCCAAAGAACCCUCACAGAAUUAAGUUUAGUUCUGUGAACAUGAAAAGAUUUUUUUUUCUCAAGGAGAAAAAUAGUACAUGAAGUGUUAUUCAGAAUAUUUUUCAGAGACUAAACAGCCAAUGCUGAGAGAGGAGAAAAACAUUUUAGUGUUGGGUUAUAAUUGGCAUCUCUCUCUACAUACAUAUGUAUGUAUACAUAUACACAUAUGUGUAUAUAUAUCUUAUUGUUGAUAAUAUUUUCCAUAAACAACAUGAGCAUCCUGUAAAAUCUCUUACCCAAGUAAUCUUAACAUAUCCAAAAAGGACAUGAAAUGCUUGUACUGGUAUAUGGUUGCUAUAAAGAAUUAUAUUUUGAGUUACUUAAGAAAUAUUCCCGAAAGCUUACAGUGCCUUGUUGGGAUUUUUUUUUUUCCAUGAAAGCCAUUGUUUAGAAAGUGUAGGAGAGGAUAAAUAUUUAAAUAUUGAGGUGGUUUAGCAGUUCAAGGCUAUUCCUCUUCAAUUGCGUGUCAGGAAUUAAGUAGUUCUGUGUGGAAAUACAGAUAAUCAUUCCUACCGUGUUGGUUUGGGUCACCUAUUUUAGUGUCUUAAAGCAUGUGGUGAAUCUCUAUUCUCACAUCCAGUCACUGGGGUUAUAUGUAUUUUUAUGGUGACAGUUUCAUUCCUAUUCUCCCAGUUUAGCAGCCCUGAGGUGUGACUUCGUGGAUGUGGCAUACUCACUCGGCCCUGAAGCCCCCCACCCUCUUACUUGCUUUUGGAUGUUUAUGCCCACAGCUCCCUAAAGAGUAGCACUUGGGGCGGGGGGGCCCAGGGGCCCACCCUACACCAUGUGUCAGUUCUUUUUGUGUGUGAUGGUGCCUUCAGAAAAAGAUUUCUGUUCCUGGAUAAUGACAAAUCUUAGGAGAAAUAUGUGUAGGUAUAUUUCUGUUUUGUUUUUUAUUUAGGAGGGUUUGUUUUUGUUUUUUGCUACGCCUGUGAAAUACUUUGGCUCUGAUAAACUUGACUUGAAUAAUAUCUUAUCCUGAGUCUUCCUCCAAGGCAGUACAUAUUCCUGCCAGUACUGUAGUAGUCUUUUGGGAACUACAUGUGGGCAAGCACUUACAUGUAAGCCAUUAUACUGCUGUAAUUAAUGCAUACAAACAGUUCUCCUCCUUACAUUUAUAGUCUAAAAGUGGAUAUGUAGUGGGAAGGGAAAUUCCUAAGAUUCCAGCAUAGCUUGUUGAUUCAGAUUGAGCCAUGUUGUUUUUCCAUAAGGGCUCACACGUAGUCUCUCUACUGUGCUUUCAGUGUAUGUUUAAAUUCUCCUUUUAUUGUUUUUCCUAGACUGUACUGUUCUGUACGCAAAUGCCCAUGUGUGAUUUUUAAGAUGUGCUGGGGAAAAAAAUAAAACAAUACCAAAACUAC